AGUAUUACUCUAAACCUAAAAAAAAUUUAAAAAAAAUAAAAAAAAAACAUUUCUUAGCAUUCAACAAAAAAUGAGCAGUUUGUUGGACAGUUUGAAGAACAUGUCCAUUGAGAAUGGGGACCUAUUUUAUUGGGCAGCACAAGCCUGUCCUGUUUUGAACACUCCAGUAGACUGGAAAGAGACCCCUGAAUCUCAUAUCUUUGUGCUUGAUCUUCCUGGUGUUAAUAAAGAUGCUGUUAAGAUUGAGUUUGAUCAAGACAGAGUCCUCCAAAUUAGCGGGGAUAAAGGUCUUCAGGAGUCUCGAGAAGGCGAGAAAUGGCAUCGAAUUGAACGGAUUCAGGGUAAGUUUUGCAGGAGAUUUCAACUGCCAGAGAAUGUUAAGGUCGAUGACGUAAGGGCUAAUAUGGAGAAUGGUGUGCUUAAGGUCGUGGUUCCUAAACACGAGGUUAAGAAACCCGAAAAGAAGGUUAUUGAGAUCAUGGAGAAGUGAUCAUGGAUUAUAAUCUAUAUAAGGAAGAAAAGAUUCAAGUAUGAUGAACUCGUGUAUGUAUGUGUGUGUUAUAUCUGCAAUCUGAAUAAUAUGAUGUAUCAGUUGAUGUUUCGUCAGUAAUGUUAUGUGUUUUUAAGUGUAUUUAUGGUGUAAUGUUUUGUUUAUAGAGUAUGCUCUCUUUUAAGUU